CUUGCUCCUUCUCUACAUAGCUCCACCUAGUUCCCCGCCUCUGGCCCCGCCCCGCCCGCCUCCGCUGGGGCGGCCUAGGGCCACCGGUCGCUGGAGGACCCUGAGCAAGCUAUGGCUACCGGCGGCCCGCGGGUGCUGGUGGUGGGAGGCGGCAUCGCUGGACUGGGCGCUGCGCAGAGACUCUGCAGCCAUCCGGCUGCUCCACACCUGCGGGUCCUGGAGGCCACUGCCGGCGCUGGGGGCCGCAUCCGCUCGGAACGCUGCUUCGGUAACCGCCCCUUGGGCCCCUUGACCGACCCCGGACCCCAUCGGACUGGUGGUGUAGUGGAGCUGGGUGCACACUGGAUCCAUGGGCCCUCCCAGGGCAAUCCUGUCUUCCAGCUGGCUGCGAAGUUCGGGCUCCUGGGGGAGAAAGAGUUAUCAGAGGAGAACCAGCUGGUGGAGACAGGAGGGCACGUGGCCCUGCCCUCUGUGAGCUAUACCAGCUCUGGAACAUGUGUGAUCCCGGAGCUGGUGACAGAGAUGGGCAAUCUGUACUAUGAACUAAUAGACCGAACCAGAGAGUUCCUGAAUGCUCCUGAGACCCCAGUGGCCAGCGUUGGAGAGUUUCUGAAGAAGGAGCUAAGUCAGCAGGUGGCUAACUGGAUUGAGGAUGAGGACACGAAGAAACUCAAGCUGGCUAUCCUGAAUGCCUUCUUCAAUAUAGAGUGUUGCGUGAGCGGCACCCACAGCAUGGACCUGGUGGCCCUUGCGCCAUUCGGGGAGUAUACAGUGCUGCCGGGACUGGAUUGCACCUUGGCUGGUGGUUACCAAGGACUUACCAACUGCAUACUGGCUUCCCUGCCCAAGGAUUCGAUGGUUUUUGACAAGCCGGUGAAGACCAUUCACUGGAAUGGGUCCUUCCAGGAAGCUGCUUUUCCAGGGGAGACCUUCCCUGUGUUGGUGGAGUGUGAAGAUGGUACCCGCCUGCCUGCUCAUCAUGUCAUCGUCACCGUGCCCUUAGGUUUUCUCAAAGAACAUCAAGAUACCUUCUUUGAGCCACCACUGCCUGCCCAAAAGGCAGAAGCCAUCAAAAAAUUAGGCUUUGGUACCAACAACAAAAUCUUUUUGGAGUUUGAGGAGCCCUUCUGGGAGCCCGACUGCCAGUUCAUCCAGGUGGUAUGGGAGGACACAUCACCCCUACAGGACACAGCCCUCUCACUCCAAGACACCUGGUUCAAGAAACUCAUUGGCUUUGUGGUCCUGCCUCCUUUUGAGUCUUCACAUGUGCUCUGUGGGUUUAUUGCUGGCCUUGAGUCGGAGUUUAUGGAGACGCUGUCAGAUGAAGAAGUGCUUCUUUCUCUAACCGAAGUACUCCGAAGAAUGACAGGAAACCCACAAAUGCCAGCGGCCAAGAGUGUGCUGAGGUCUCGUUGGCACAGUGCCCCAUACACCCGAGGUUCCUACAGCUAUGUGGCUGUUGGCAGUACUGGCGAUGACCUAGAUCUGCUGGCUCAGCCCCUCCCUGCUGAUGAAACUGGUACCCAGCUCCAGAUACUCUUCGCUGGGGAAGCCACACAUCGGACAUUUUAUUCCACCACACACGGGGCCCUCCUGUCUGGCUGGAGGGAAGCUGAUCGCCUCAUUGGUCUGUGGGACUCACAGGUGCAGCAGCCCUGGCCCAGGCUGUGAGUGCCUGCUGCUCUGCUCUGCUCGUCAUGGGGGCUGACCGAACUCCUCCGUCUGUUGGGUACAUGAUUUUCAGUCUGGUUUGAGCUUUGGGGAUCUUACUGGUAGCUUUAAUUUUGGGGAAGUGGUCUCAUUUCUCAUAUCUGUGGUUGGAGUCUGGCUUGGUCUGAUCAUGGAUGCCUCACAGUGUUGUUGCACACAUAAAGCACUGAAUACCGCC